AUGAGCUCACUUCUCAAGAAUAUUGCGUUUCAUCCGUUUCAUUUGGGAAAUAAUCAACAAUCAUCAUCAAAUAACAAUAAUAACACAUCAACUUCUACAACUACUCCGAGUGUAACCACCUCUCCCGUGAGGAAAAAUUCAAUAGCAAAAGAACAUCACCACGAUGAAGGACAAUCAACGACAUCGGGAUUGGAAGUUUCAUCAACCAAUACCUCCAAACAUUCCAGGCUUGGAUCGGGAAUGGCACCAAAUGCUUUGAUCAAUGAAAAUAAUUUAUCACAACAUUUUCAGCACUCAACUUCCUUGUCCAUGCCGAAACAGCAAGAGGAUCAAGAAAUGAAAAAGAAAUUAAAAAUUCUUAAAAAGGAAUAUUUAAAACAAAAAGCAGAGAUGGAAAGAUUGGCACAAAUAGCACUCGGACAACAGGAAGAAAUUAAACAUAAAGAUUUUCAAUUGAAGAAAUAUAAACAACAGUGUGAAGAACAAGCUUCAAAAAUUGGUGAAUUGGAAACGCAAUUACAAAUUGAGAGGGAAUUAUGUGAGGGUGCAAUACGGAUGAAAAAACAAACAACCUCCACUACCGAAAAUAACAAUAAUCAAUCAGCAAACACACAACAAACAGAAAAUGAUUUGUCACUUUUAUUGGAUGAAGGUCUGACCACAAAAGAUGUUAUGGAAAAAACGUAUCAGUUUUUGAAGGAUGAUACCUUUACGUUUAUGCUCAAUACCGAAGAAUAUCAGGAAGAAGAAACAAUAUCCUCGCUGAAACAAGAAAUAGCAGCUCUACGAGAAGAAAACUUUUAUUUACGAGAAGAGAAGCACAAGCUCAAUAAUGAGAAAGUUCACUUAUUUGAACUAGUUCAUCAAUUAACUCAACAACUUGGUCUCGGGAAUGAAGACAAAAAUUGA